AUGUCCGGGCUAGGAGUUGCGCCACUCUGCCUGGAGACUAUCCAGGGCUGCAAAUGGCUUCUGUCAAAAGUAAGGACUUACAGACGCUUCUCCAGGGAAUUCGGAAAGCUUCGGACUCGACUUGAGGUUCAAAUGGAGCUCUUCCGCGAUGAAUCCGAAUUUGUCUUGGGUGGGACAUCCACCGAGCCCACCAUCACAGCUCUACUCGAUGGCGGUGAUACUGAGGGUACGAACAUGGAUGAGCUCGAGGAUCGUCUUCAGGAUCGUCUGAGCGGGAAAUAUACAUCCUACAAGGCUCUUUUUGAAGAAAUCUACAAUACUACUACCGCAUUGAAGGGCGAGUUUCAGAAGCUUGAUGCGAGCUACAGUGAAAUGGUAACAUCAGUCAAAAGUAAAAUUCAAGUGGCCAUUGCAUCAUUGUUCAAGUUCUCCCAAUUCCAAGAAGACAUGGCGACACUGACCGACCUUGUAUCUCAACUUCGGCACCUUCGCAAAUCAAUGGAAAAGAGAAAAACCGUCACCACUCGGCGGAAAGUCUUAUCCAAGGAGUUUCGGGACGUCAGAAGAUGUACGGCUUCUUUACAUACAGUGCUCUCCCAACAUUGGUCCUGCAAAAAUUCGCUACAUAUUCAGCACGCCUUUAGCCUGCUCAUCACCCCCACAAUUGGGAAGGAAAUCGAGCUCAGGGCCAUUAUCUGGAAGGAAGUUGUCCCAGAGAAGAAGAGCCAUGUGGACAAGGAUGCCACUCCACUACGAAUUACAUGCGAAGAUAUCGCAUGGUCUAUCCCUGUUGAUCAAACUCAGUUGUCUAAAGGCCUAAAUAAAGCGUCCGAGCAGGAUCAAAGGUCACCAAAACGCUUGAAACCCAAUAGUCUGGCUCUCGGGGACCGAAUGCGGGUGUAUCGUCCUACUCGAGCGAGAACAAGAAAGAAACCAAAACAAGAAAAAGAGCAGAAGCAAAGUAAGGGUUUUCGCAUUGCGGAUGAUCUAGCUCUCAGCACCAAUUUUUGUUCCAAAAUAUGCGGAAGGACUCCGGUUCAGGAGUCCAAUGUGGCAGUGGGUUAUCUUGAAAGCCCUUAUGAUUACCGAUACGCUUUUAGUCACUUGGAUGACCAAUUUAUACUUGGCAUGGCGAAGAACAAACCUCAUCCCAAUACGCUUCCACUUAGCCAAGUUCUCAGUCGUCCACUAGACGAGAAGAUUACCAUUGUGGACCAGCUCAACCUGGCCCUGGCUCUCGCCAAAGCGACACUUCACUUCUGGUCAACACCGUGGUGGUCUGAUUACUGGAGGCUGGACGACUUGAGGUUUGACUGCAGUGCCACGAGUAUUUCCGAAUGCGUAAAGACGAUACAUCUAAGGACAGAGCUGGCACAGAGCUCCCAGAUUACCACCGUUGCAACCUCGGCUACAUUCCAGCCGUCGAUGGCUGUCACCCCUGAUCCAGAGUUGGAGAAAGCAACACUCGUCCAUGGUAUUCGCAACAUCAACUUGCACUGCCUAGGUGUGGCGCUUCUCCAGAUUGGGAGGUGGACGGAUAUACAAGCUGAUGAUAUCCAGCAAGUACGCCGCUUGUCUUCCCUGCCCUCGCAGCUGGGGUCACGGUACAGGUCAAUGACGGAAAAGUGUCUCGAGUGUGAUUUUGGGGUCGGCAAGGACCUUGGGGACCCGCGACUUCAGGGAGCCAUGUAUGAUACCGUUAUUAGAGAGUUGGAGAAGAUGAUAUCAGCUCUUGAACUAGAAGACGAGGAGUCACUGUAG